GGGAUGGUGUGUUCGUGUGUAUGGGCCAUGCGCGUUGCGCCGCACACGGAAAGGCGUCUGUGGCUGUGACGUAUAUGUGUGCCAAGUGGGAAUAGGUUGCACUGUGUUUGUAUUCUGCCGCGGACAGGUAGUCUGGUGCGUGCGCGUUGGUGUAUGGCGUGUGGCAUGCCUGCCUCGGUGGUGUGGUUUCUGCAGUGUGCGUGUGUGUCGUGUGGUGUGACUCGAUGCUGCCUCUUUUCUGUGCGAUGAGUCCCCAGCUGCUUGCAGUAGUGAUCCCGCCUGCACUUUGCUCUCUUGCCUGCGUGAAUGGAUGCCCGGUAGACUCGAGAUCAGACGAUCUGGUCGCUAUAAAAAAGAAAUGCAAGCUUAGAGUGAGGCUCGCAAUGCGGAGGGAGAAAGGUCCACAAUUGGUGAGAGCACGAUGCCUGUUGUAAUCAUCAGCAACCCUGCAGCGCUUGGUAAGAGGAGAUGGAAUGUAUUGUGUGCUUGUUGCGCCCGUGCAUGUGUCUUGUUCGCGUCAGACACGCUCAAGGCGACAAAGAAGCUCGUCGUCAUCGACUUCACCGCGUCAUGGUGCGCACGCACCCACGCAGAGAGAGGCUGCAAGUGGCCGGCCAGAUCUGCCUCAUACAUAACAUUGGGUGUGUCAUUUCAUUCGCCACACACAGGUGCGGCCCCUGCCAGCGGAUAGCUCCCGAGUACGAGAAGCUUUCCAACGAGUUCACCAACGACACGGCAUUCUGCAAAGUCGACGUUGAUGAGAACAAGGUGACAGACAGAGAGGGGUGGGGCAGUCAUAUCGCUCACUUUUGCUGCACAUGUGUGUGUGUGUGUGUGUGAUGUGUGGGUGCAGGAGACGGCCAUGGCGCACAAGGUGGAGGCGAUGCCGACCUUUGUCUUCGUCAAGGGCGGUGCUGAGGUGGAACGGCUGAAAGGCGCAGACCCUGCUACACUGCGGAAGGUGCGUGCCGACCACACUCGCACAGACUGCCAACUGUGUGUGUGUGUGUGUGUGUUUCAGUUGGUCGAGAAGUACGCGCCUCAGCAGCUGUUCACUGGUGGCGGCCACACUUUAUCUGAGCCCUCGCACGCCCCGCCGCCCCCCGCACCCAACACCGCCAAAGACCACGACUACAGCCCACCCAUCAACACUGACAAGCCCACCACCAAGGUCGGUGUGUGCCCACUCACACACUUGGCAGCCAACGGUGCCCUUUGUGAUGACACUGACUGCAGGUGACGCUGCGGCUGCACACGGGGGAGCAGGUGAAGCUGACCUUCAACAGCUCCAUGGCCGUCAAGGAGCUGUACGCUGCGGCCUCCAAGGCGAGCAACAUCGGUGUGGCCGACUUCCGGCUGUUCUCGUCGGCGGCUUUCCCUCCCAAGCCGCUGGACGACCAUGCGCAGUCGCUUGAGGAGGCGGGGGUGAUGGAGUGCCUCGUCACGCAGAAACUCAAAUGAAGGACAGACAGACAGACAGACAGACGGGGAGAUAAUUCAUUCGUCCAUGCGAGGGAGGUGAGGCUGCUGUCUGGUGUGUCUGAGGCUGGAGAGGGGAUGCCUGGAGUAUGUUAUGUGUGUCGGUUGACUGACGAUGGGGCCUCCCUCAUAACAUACGCUCUGACUGAGUCGUGUCGAUGGAGCCGGGGGCGGUGCGGUGCCUUUAUGUAUGUACUUACUCGUGGUGGCGGCUGGCCUGGCCGGCUGGCAUCUUGGGUCGGUGUGUCUGUCGGUGUGGUGCCCCCCUGAAUGCCUUUUUGAAGUAAAGACCAUUGAUAGAUACCAGGUUGGUGAUGCUUUGGAUUGCAUGCGUUCGUCAGUGCCUCUUCGGGCCGAUGGCCGUGAGGCCGGCCACGAUCUCAUCAUAACGGAGGUAGUGGCCCUCUUCACGGUAGCGGGCACCACGAGACACAGACGAAUGCCAUGCGAGUGCGAGAGAGGCACGUAUGAUUGUAUGCGACAGAGGUGUGCUGACUGAAAUGCCGAGAGGGACAAGAUGGAAGUACUUUGACGUGUCGUAUCAAUUGCGGAAUGUCACC